AUGGGCUCGGGGAGGACGCUGAAAGUGGCCCUCUGCGAGCUGCUGCAGUUCGCCGGCCUGUGCGUGCCGCUCUUCGUGGUCAUGCAGCGGUUCGCCGUCGUCGUGGCGACGGCGAAGAGCUCGGCCCGCCCCCCCGGCGACGGCGCCACGGCCUACUGGCUCAUCGUGGCCUCCUCCGUGGCCUACGUCACCUCCACCGCCCUGGUGGUCUGGGUGCCCCUCAAGUACUUGGUGUUCACCAAGAGGAAGUUCCUCACGGGGAGGAAGAAGUGGAGGCCGGUGGCCCUGGUUUACGUGAUCCUGUCCACAUUGCCCUGCUUUGCCUUCCUCAUCGCCAGCUCUGAGGUGCAGAUAAACAACGGCAUGAGGCACGACAGCUUCACGGAGCUGCCCGUGUCGCUGGUGCUCUUCUCGCUCAUCUGCAUCGACGUGGUGGAGAGGAUGCGCCACUGCAGGCUGACCGGCCAGGCAAACGACACGGACAGAGAGGCCGAGAUCCCCUCCACCGUCCUCACGCACGUGGAGCAGGUGACCCCGGUAUCCACGGUAACCCCGGUGACCCCGGUGGGCCCGGUCACCCCGGUGGGUCCCGUGGCUCCGGCCGGACCCACGCCCAUGCAGCCUGGGGGGGGGCGGACAGAACGGGGCCCGGCCGGAGACCAACGGCACGCUCCCGGGGAUGCCCCCCCGCCCCCCCCCCCCCCCCCGGCCCCCCCGCCCGGCCCUUCAGCCCCCGCCUACUCGGGCCCGCUCCGCUUCCUGUGGGCCAGCGACGCGCGGGCGGACGUGCUGGUGGACAGCUUCCUGUUCUGGAUGGACACGGCGGAGAUGGUGCGGGCGGCCGGACACCCGCUGGUCUGCUACUCGGGCUGGGUGUUCCCCAUCUACAUCUUCAGCUACCUGUCCUGCCUCCGGGUGGUGGCCACGCCCCGCAGCGCCCUGCUCUCCUCGCUGGGCGUGGCCCUGCAGGACCUGCCCUUCUUCUUCCUGCGCGUGGGCCUGCUGGCCUUCUUCGGCUUCGUCACGCCGGUCCUCUACCUGAUGAAGAACCUGCUGGUGUGCCUGGCCUUCGUCUACUUCAACUUCAUGACCAAGCUGAGGGUCUUCAACACGGAGAGGAUGUUCUUCUGA